AUGACUACUACAGACGUAGCCAUGCCCACAGCGGGACCGUCCAAAGGUCGGGUUUCUAGCAGAGUCAAGAGCAAAUCUCAAAGAGCGGUCGAAGCGGAAGAUACCAACAAGCUUAUCAACCGCGCAAAAGAAAAGGCAUGUCUAGCUGCCGAGGCUGGCGCUGGCAGUGUUCGCAUGACGAGGAGCGCUUCAGCGAGCACCGAGGCUUCUGCGAUGGCCGGAAAGCCUACAGUGGGCUCAGCGAGCAAGGCGGCUGGAAAAGCAAAGAAAGGGAAAGGGGCGAGGGCGGUUUGGUGUCUCUGCAAAAGUGCAGAUGGGUCUGGACCGAUGGUUGAGUGCGGGAACUGCAAUGACUGGUUCCAUUUCGCCUGUAUCGACCUGGACCAACCCACCGCUGAGAGAAUCCACAAGUAUGUGUGCCCCUCCUGCGAGGAUGCCACAGGCGAGCAGACGAUCCGCCUAUUCGACAUCUCGACCUUCCGCUCCCCGAGUCCCCCAGCCGGCCUCAUCCCCGCUCCAUCGCUCCCCAAGAAGACCAUACCCCGCAAACGCCCUGCCCCAUCAUCAGGGAAACCUCGACCCGGUCAAGGCGCCCCUGAUGCCGCCGCCGCAAGCGAGGACGAUGACCCCGCCGAGCACGAUUCCGGUUCCGGAUCAGGGGACGACUCUUCCUCCUCAGGAGACCACACCUCCACGUCUGGAUCCGACUCGGACUCCUCUGUCCACUCCACAAACCGUGCUCGGCCCGCGAAAAAGCCUCGGCCAUCUCGAUCGGCUGGACCAUCUCGACGAUCCCCCUCCGCUGUCAAGUCCGCUGUUGCCCCGCCAGCUCCGGCUCGUCUGCCUCUGAAGACCAGGCCGUCUUUGACGAAGACGGCUAAUGGGGGUCCGAAAGCAAAGAAUCGGAAUGACAUGCCAGCGGGCAAGAUCCCUACUUUGCCUCCUGCGCGGCAGCAUGUGCUGUACAAGCUGACCGAGGUGGUCCGGAAGUUCUUUGGUGAGGCGAUGAAAGGGGAUGAGGUGGACGAGUACGCGACUGAGCUGGAGGCGGGGCUGUUUGCUGGCUUCAGGGACGUGGUAGGUGGGAAGGAGACUGCUGGGGCUAGAUACAAGGGUCAAUACACCAUCCUCAUCUCGUCGCUUCAGCCUCAUCUGCAAGAAUCGACCCGGACGGCCAUACUCUCGCGCUCCCUGACGCCGGCGCAGGUUGCCGUCCUAUCGUCGGCCGAUCUGGCUUCUCAGGCUCGGGCGGACGAGCGAGAUAAAGCGAGAAAGGACAGCCUACAGCAGACUAUCCGUCAGAAAGAGGACUAUACGGGUGCAGUCCAAGUCGGGCGUGACGGGGUGGAGACGGUUGGCGCCGACCGAGCCGAGGAGAGGCAUCAGGAGGAGGUUCGUCGGCAGGAAGUCAGGGCGCGAGUGGCGAAGGAGAGGGAAGCGCUUGUUCGGCGGGAAAGUGACGCAGCGGCGCCCGCAGAGGCUCAGCAGCAGAUGAACUCGCCUGCGCCUGCGCCUGCGACUCAGACGUCAGAUUCAGCUGUACCUGUUGAUCUGCAGCCUGGGGUCAUGCCUACUUCCGCCGGAGCAGGAGCAGCCUCAGCAGCUUCGUCUGGGCCCGGUACUGGUCACGCUGCCCCGUCAGUGCCAGCUUCAGCUGCAGCCUCGCCGCACGUUCGUCGGGACAGCAGUAAAGUCCCUCCGAGCCCUAUGGCGCCAUCACCGAGCAAGCGGGCGUUCAGCCUCACGUCCGCCUGGGGCGGAGGCGGGGAGACGGCCGAGCCAUCGCGAGCUACGCCCGAUACGGUCGAUGUGGAUCUCGGGAUCGACCAGUCCACGCUGGACCUGAGCGAUUUCAUGCAGGUCGGCGAUCAGGUGGAGGAUGACCCGAUGGGAUCGGGCGAGUACCACGUCGAUUCUGGCGACAAGCAGGAGCAAGGAGGGAGCGUCAGCGAGAAGGAUGCGUAUCUUCAGAGACCGGUCGUGUUCUCUCGAGGGCUCGUCGACCCAAACAACCGCACCGCCCCGACUCCCCUUCUCCAAGCUCGGGCCGUAUCGACCGCUCCCCAACGGCGCUUCACGGUCGAAGAGGAAUGGCGCUUCCUCCUCCCUGGCGAGACCCUCGAAUGGGCAGGCCGAGUGCCCAGCAAAGCAGGCAAGGAGUUUUUGAGCCAAAUGAGGCUGAGUCCGAAAUGGGAUGUCUUUGCGAUGGGGAUGACGAUGGCCGAGGGUCAGACGGAGGAGGUCAGGGCGUGUUAUACGACAUUGAUGGAUGAUUAUAUCAAUAGAGACCGAUAUGCCGUUUGCCUGCCUUAUGGCCCCACACCACCCCCUCGGGCCGCCAAAGACGUGUACGCCAUUCCUCUCCGUCCUUCCGACCCUUAUCCCGACUUCCUUGAACUCCUCGACGGUCUCAAGAUCCCCAGAGAGCGGACCGAACGGAUGUGGAUCCUCGUGAUCGUCAUUGCGCGCGAGGAACUUCCUCCUGCGCCACUCAUACCUCCCCCGGCGCCGAUGGUUCAAAACUCCCAAUACCCAUCGUACCCGCCCCCUCAGGCCAAUCAUGCCGGCGCCACACCCCAAUCCGCAGCGGAACUGCUCAAGGCGCAAAAUCUCGAAGCGCUCAUGCGAACCAUCGGAACGCUUCCUAUUCCUCCAACCGGUCCGGGCGCUAUGCCGACCCCACCUCAUCCGCAUGCCGGCGUAGGGUACUCGCCCGCGGUACACGCCGGAAACGCGACUCCAUACCCAUCCUACCCACCGCCUAAUACGAUGAUGCAGGGGAUGCAGGCACAGAUGCCGAUGGGGAUGCCGGUACAGGGGUACUCUGGCUGGACAUCUGGGCCGCAGGGACCGCCGGGACUGCCGAGAGGAGGGUACGAGUAUGGCUCGCAACCACCUUACUAUCCCACACAAGGUGGGCCGGGUAGUCCAAGCCACGGACAGGGAUGGGGCGGACCACCCGGUCCAGGUCAGGGGUAUCAGCAGGGCGGGCCGGCCAGGGCGGUCAAAGAUGGGAUGAGAGAGGGUCAGGAGGAUAUGGCGGACGAGGGGGAGGUUCAGCGGGAGGUGGAGGAGGUGCCGCCGCCCGACAACUGUAGUAUAUUCGGCCGCCUCUCCCGUUUCGUCGGACUAUCAUCUAGCAACCCCGCAUCAGGUCCCGCUCCUAACACCGUCAUCCCGUCAGCUGCAGCUCCAUCAUCUGCUAGUACUGUUCACGCCGGCCCACCUCUCGCUUCCGUCGCCCAAGCAGCAUCAGAAGCGGUCAAGGAGGUCGUCGCCAAGGUUGAGGUUGCUCUAGACACCGUCGUCGAUACACUCGGCCUGGAGGGUGAUCGUACAGAUCAGAUUGAUCAAGCGGAUCAGUUCAAGGCGGAGGUCAUCGAGCAGGAGCAGGAAGAAGGUUUCAUGGCGAGACCUUCGAUGGCGAAACCGAAGCGAGAAAGUCUGACUCCUAUCGAGAUGGCGGUCUCCAAAAAUGUCAAGGAUGAGUCCGAAUCGGAGGACGAGGAGUACGAAGUGGAGAAGAUUGAGAAGCAUAGGAGCGUCGAUGGAGGAUAUGAAUUUUAUGUCAAGUGGAAGGGGUACGCUCCAGAAGAGAAUACAUGGGAGCCCGAGGAGAAUAUUACCAAUGCCAAAGCCUUCGUCAACGCCUACUGGAAGAAGGUGGACCCAAGCAAAGGAUUGAGCGUGCGGGCCGGCCCUAAAGCCGAAUCGGUAACCCCCACCUCUGCCCCACCCGCAAAGAAACCCCGGCCAAGCGCCCCGGCCAGCUCGACCAGCACACCCGCGGCUGCAUCGCGGAAUAUGGCCACUCGCGGACGGGGAAAGAAGGGUCGCGGUGGGAGAGCGGGACCGACAGCCAAUGGAGGUAAAAUGCGCAAGGCAGGGCAAGCCGUCAGCGAUGAUGGUGAUGGCGGAUCGGUCUCCGAUGCGCCAAGGUACGCGGACACCCACGUCGACUCGUCCGAGAGGUAUGACGACGUGGAGAAUUGGGAGAAGCUCGUAGAGCAGAUCGACACGAUCGAGAGGGCGGACAGCGGGGACCUGUGCGUCUUCAUGACGAUGCUCACGGGAGAGCACAUCCGGGUGGUAAACGACGUGGCGUACCUGAAGUGUCCACAGCGGAUCCUGAAAUUCUACGAGGGGCACCUGAAGUGGAAACAUACCGAUGACUGA